CUCGCCCUCACCACUUCCACCAUCAACCCCUCUCUAUCUAUCUUCAAACAACCACCUGCUCUCAUGCUCCCCUCCCAACCCCCACAAUAACCCCAUCCACAGACUCACCACCCUCCUCACCCGAUGGCAUCCCAAAAGAUCACCUCCGCCCUCGCGGAGAUCGAAUCGUCCGGCAACCCGCAAAACAAGCUCCAACUCUACAACGACCUCCUCUCGGACAUCGUGUCCACGUCCACGGAACUGCAAAUCUCGCAAGACCUGAUCUACUUCCUCGACUCCGUGCUCAGCGAAGACAUCAGCAUCGUGGCGGCGCGCCCGAUCCUCGACUCCUUCAUCAGCGUGCUCCGCAAACUCACCCACGAAACCCAAAUCAGCGUCGGCCAACACGCCGUCAGCCUACUACAAUCCCGGUCCACGUCCGUCGAGGAACAAGACGCGCAGCUCCGAGAACUGCUCGCAGACGCCUACGAGUCCGAAGGCGAGUACGUCGCGGCGGCCCGCGCGCUGCAGGGCAUCCACAUCGACAGUUCACAACGGCUGGUCUCCGACGCCGCGAAAGUCCGCCUAUGGAUCCGGAUCGUGCGAAACUACCUCGAGGAAGACGACACCACGAGCGCCGAGGCAUUCCUGAACCGGAUCAAGAACCUGCCCAGCAAGAUCGAGGACCAUGAGCUGCAGCUGCAUUUCAAGCUCUCGCAGGCUCGCAUUCUCGACGCGCGUCGUCGGUUCCUCGACGCCAGCCAGGAGUACUUCAAUGUCAGUCUAGCGGCGGGGGUGGACGAAAGCGACCGCCUGCAGGCGCUGGCCGCGGCGAUUCGGUGCGCCGUGCUUGCCCCCGCGGGACCCCAGCGAUCCCGCAUCCUGGCGACGCUCUACAAGGACGAUCGCUCGACGUCGGUCGAGGAAUUCGGCAUCCUGGAGAAGAUGUUCUUGGAUCGGUUGCUGGAUCCCGCGGAGGUGGCCGCGUUUGCGCAGCGCUUGGCGCCCCAUCAGCUGGCGCAGACGGCCGAUGGCGCCACCGUGCUGGAUAAGGCGGUUGUGGAACAUAAUCUCGUCGCCGCGAGCAAGCUCUACGAGAAUAUUAGGACGGAUGCGUUGGGCGCGAUCCUGGGGCUGGAGGCGAGUGGCGAUCUCACUGCGGGUGAGAAGGCCGAGGCGUAUGCGGCGAGGAUGGUCGAGCAGGGCCGACUGAAGGGGAGUAUCGAUCAGAUCGAUGGGAUCAUCUACUUCGACUCCGGGGUUGCCGCUACGGGAAAGCAUAUUCGGCAGUGGGAUGCGGGCGUACAAGGGUUGGCGGAGGAUGUCGAACGAGUGGCGACGAGUAUUACGGAUGCGUUCCCGGACUUCGCAGCCGGCCAGAUAGUACAUUGAGAUAUGUUUCUGCAGUAUGCACUAUGCAGUGCACUAUGCGUCGGGUUUUAGCUAUAGCGAGGUUCUUGCUCUUCACUUCCAAGGCCUACAUGAAAUGACAUGGACGAAACACAUUG